UUAAGGUUUAAUUUAAAAGUUAACAAGUAAAAAAAUUGUUUUCUUUAUACAGCAACGAGCACGCAACAAAUAGUGUUUUUAUGCGCUCCUUAAAAUGAUAAGAACAGCUUAACAAAAUCCCAGCAAACAUAUUUUGUGCAGAGUAUCGCGCUGCGAUAAGCGAAAGCUUCAGUAUUUUCCCUUUCCAAAAAUAUAAUUUAAAUUAAGUGACAGGAGUGGGGUAAGCUCGAAAUCUUUAAAUCUGUAAACCACAAUUUUCACUGAAAUUAAAAAGCUUAAUUAAUCUUGUGAACAUAUGGUUUUUCUAAAUCUCUUCUAACCGAAAUGAAUGGUUACCAAGGAUUCCGAUUACUUGAAGUUUUGAACCUUAAAGACUUUUUAAUGAUUUUAUAUGUAUAUACAUGUAUGUAUGUACAUGUGUUGGAAAUUUUCACAGCCUUUUUUGAAUGAUUAUUCAACGAGGUCGGAGAUAGAAAAAAAAUGUGUUCAAAUUUUUUGAUUUUGAUAGGGAAAUAAACUUUUCGAUUUAAGAAGGGGAAACUUUUUGAGUUAUUAAAUUAAUUUAACAAAUUUAUAAGGAAACCUUUUUUUUUAAAUCGAACUUUUUUUAUGGUACACCCAUGGGAUCCGCAACAAAAAAAAUUGAGCUAGAACCAGUUUCGGCACCUGUCUGGCCUAAUUUCCCUAAAAAUUCAAAGAUCUUAUAUUUUUUCGUUUUAAAAAUGCGUGAUUAUAUGUCCAACGUGAUUCGUUCGCAUCGCAGCCUCUGCAUUUUCACGGUGCUCCAAUUGACCCUAAUGCUGUCGCUGCUGGAAGUUCAAAUCCAAAUUGACCAAUCGCCGGAGCUCCAGCGACCUAUGACCCGAGUGUUUUUGGGGGCCGAACUAGCGGAGCUUGCCUGGAGUCCAUUGUUUUCCGGUUUUGCCAUGGGUGCCAUGUUCUACGGCUACGGUUUGAUACACCUGCCCAGCAAAGGACCCCUCGGGUGCUUCUUCCGCAGGCUGCGAACAGCUGGCUUGUCCGUGUGGCAACAAUGUAGUCCCGUGAUGAUUGUGCCCUGGGCCUUGAAGGUGGCCCAGGGGCUAAGCCUAUUCCCUUGCCAUUUGUGGGAGUUUCUUGCGAAGGAGGUGUGCUUAGAGACCGACAAUUGUCUGCAGCACGUCAUCCUGGCUUUUGUGCUGUGGACCUACCUGCUAAUCCUGGCCAUUACUAGCUUGGUCUCGGUUGUGAGACUCAAUCUCCAGAUGCUGGCUGACAGGCACAUUGAGAGCAGAGACCACGAGCUGCGGUCCUACGUCCGGGGAAUCAAUGAACUGCUCGGAUUUGAGAUGAUUAUACUCACCGAGUGAAAGGUUUGGGGUACCCACCCACAAGCAUUUUCAAAAAAUUAAUCUCUAUUGUGUGGGAGAGUAUUAGAUCACUACGAAUUGGAAAUUUUUUUUAGUUGAUAUAAGCAAUGUUAUCGUGUACAUUUUAUUAAUGCAGCAAAUGGAAUUUUAAUAAAGUUUAGUUUAGGCAUUUUUAAUAUAACUGACCAAAGGCAAAGGAAAUGCAAUUUAACAUCCUGGAAUUUCUGUCGAAUUCUAUAAAAAUUGCUUUCAACUUUGUGAAAUCUCUUCUCUUGAAAUUAGUAAAGGUCGAGCUUCAUUCGGAUAAGCUAAAUUUAUUAUUUAUUUUUUAAAUUAGCCACACCCUUCGGGUGAAACCAAGUGCACAUAAUAGUGUUUUCCAUUGCUAUGUUAUGCUUUACGUUGGUCCUCCACAGCUGGCACAACAUGAAUAAAUUAAGAGCCAUUUGGCGUGGGGAGAGCAUCCCGAGUUGCAGGAUCUGGUGUUAUUAUUCACUACU